GAUAAUUCAAUAAUAAAAAAGACAUCGUAUACUCUCUCUCUCACACGUUCGUAACAUUUUGAAAUUAAGUUUAUGGAAUUUUCUUACGAGCUGUCUCUGUGUUGCAAUUGAUGUUGUAUAUUUUUAAUAUGGCGAAGACACCGAUAAACUUAAACUACACGCUCACCCGAGGAAAAGAUUGUGCUAAUUUGCUAACUUUCCGGCACCGCGUUGCGCGCCAUUAAGAGACCGGAGUGAAGUGUGUGAGUCCCGGGGCGACGCUGACUCGAGCACCGGGGACACUGACACGGCCUUCGGGGAAGAGCAGCAUGAGACGGAGGAGGCUUCAACCGCUGAAAGACGCGGAGGAGCAUGCUAUCAAUGCCACCGACAAGACAGACGAAUUAGAGGCUAAACACAUAAGCGAUUAUAAAGUAUUGAUGCAACUAAUGAGAAUGCCACCCUUGGCCGGCUUGUCAAUGACGACCACAUGCACCCGAACUGUACCAUGAAGAAGAUUGUCACCGAGGGAAAACCCCAUUUAUGCCUUUUUGCUUUGAGGGAUAUUGUUCCUGGAGAGGAAAUCACUUAUGAUUAUGGAGGAAGUGUCUGGCCUUGGAGAAAGGGUGAUGCCAUUAUGACAGCCAUUGAGAACUGCUCUGGUGCUCCAGUAAGAGUCCCACAUAUUACACAUGAGCCUUUGGUUGACUACUCCAGUAGUGAAGAUGAAGUCCUGUGUUCUAAAGCUACAACAUCUUUUAAACGGACAAGACCUGCAAAUCAUGAUGACUCGGGUGAUCUUUUCAACUCUGAACAUUCAAGUGCAGGCAGUGAAGAUGACAAUACUGACAUUAAAGACAAUGGCAGAUGGACACGUACACCCUCUGCAAUAAGUGAACAACAUCCCACUUCUGCAAAGACAUUCAAAAGAGCAAUUAAUGUCAGAGCUAGACAGAAGAUUGUGGAGCAUGCAGAAGUUUUUGAUUCAAGUGAAGAUGAGUUAUCUGAAGUCAGUGAGGAUGAGUACAUUCCUGACACAUCAGAAGAGAGUUCAGAUAAACUCAGAACAGCAGUGACCCAGAGAGCUCCCAGAGCUAUGACACAUCCUCAGUUCCUAAAGGUUCCUGUCCUUGUCACUCCUUCAAUGCAAGAGUCAAUCAGGCUACUAAUUGAGAACCGAAAUGGGUGUGGAGUACCGAAUGAGAACUCUUUCCUCUUUGCGCGUCCAUUUGCAUUGACUUUUUACAGAGGCUCUGACUGCAUCCGUGAAUUUGCAGUUGCAUGCAAUGCUAAAAAUCCUCAAACUCUCACUUCCACAAAGUUGAGGAAACAGAUUGGUACCCUCUCUGAAGUUCUCAAUCUGAGCAACACUGAGCUCGAUCAGCUGGCUGACUUUCUAGGCCAUGAUAUUCGAGUACAUCGUCAGUUUUACCGGCUGCCUGAGGGCACCCUUCAGCUGGCCAAAAUGAGCAAAAUCUUUCUGGCGCUUGAAAAAGGACGCUUGGCAGAUUUUAAAGGGAGAAGUUUUGACGAAAUCGACAUCGAUCCAGAAGAGGAAGUUACAGUGGACAGCGAUUUAGAGGACACUAAUUCCAAUCUGAAAGCGGAUGAGUGCAGAAAAAGGUGGAAGUCUCUUAGAGACACCUACAGAAGAGAGAGAAGGAAGGAGUCAGAGAGGAAUAGGAGUGGAGCAGGGGCGAGCAGUGUCCGGCCAUGGCGCUACAGUGGAGUCAUGGGCUUCCUCAACCCCUUCAUAGAAGAUAGAAUAACUGCCAGUAAUAUGGUAGGUGGGGUUGGGGAAGCCCUGACCCCAGAGGAAAGAGAAGAUGCCAUGGCCGGGCACAGUCAGGCAGCACAGACAACACACAGUCAGCAGUGUGAGGUGAACCAGCUAGGUGAGAGCCUGAGCCUUCAGGUUCAGGAAGUACCAACAAGCCCGAGUCAGUCCAGCAUUCACGUUCAGGCAGGACCAUCAAGCCCGAGCCAGUCCAGCGUUCAGGGAGAGACAGGGCACUCAAACAGGAGAAAGAGAGCACACACCAGCACAGAGUUUGAGGAGAGGAUGCUAACAGCUUUGUAG